ACUGGCCCAGGUUCCCCCUCAACCUCCCCACUGUCUGAAUCUUCUGCCAGCUCCACUGGUGGGUCAUAACGUGUGUACUUUCCCAAACUUGAGUUGGCUGUUGGUCUUAUCCUUGGGGUCCAUCCUUUUUCUACCUCUCCCAGCAGAGACCAUCCCUGGUCAUGUGCCUUAAGCCAAGCCGACCAGGUAGCUGGGCUCAGCCCUACCUGGAAGGCUUUGAAAGACAACCCCGUUUUCCCCUCCUCUUUGUAGCUCACACCAAGGACAUGCCCUUCACCUGCGAGACGUGUGGGAAGUCCUUCAAGAGGAGCAUGUCCCUGAAAGUCCACUCUCUCCAGCACUCGGGUGAGAAGCCGUUCAAAUGCGAGAAUUGCAAUGAACGAUUCCAGUACAAAUACCAGCUGCGUUCGCACAUGAGUAUCCACAUCGGUCACAAACAGUUCAUGUGCCAGUGGUGCGGGAAAGACUUCAACAUGAAGCAGUAUUUUGACGAGCACAUGAAAACACACACAGGUGAAAAACCAUACAUUUGUGAGAUCUGCGGGAAGAGCUUCACCAGCCGCCCCAACAUGAAACGCCACCGACGGACCCACACGGGUGAGAAGCCCUAUCCUUGCGACAUCUGCGGCCAACGCUUCCGGUUCUCCAACAUGCUCAAGGCUCACAAGGAGAAAUGUUUCCGGGUCAGCAACCCACCAGGUGCCGAUCUCAACCGAGAUACGAACUCUCUUGGUCUCCUCGUUUCUCCAAAUGCCAACUCAACUCUUUUGACCACCGGCGUGGCUCUCCAUUCGUCCUCGCCUUCCCAAGCACUUCCUUUCCCUCUCAGACACCCUCACACACACCCCAUGCCUCCUCCUCCUCUCCUACCCCCGCCACCAGCUCUCUUCCCUGGUAGCAGAGUGAAUAUGGACAACUAGACCCUACUCAACCUUCUGGUGUCCAACAUGGCCCGUAAUUCUGAAGACCUCUCCGCUGCCAUUGACUGUUGUGGGUUUGUGGUCAGUGGGCAUCACAUUUGGGUUUUAGUUUGAGUGACCUGAAGUUCGUGGUUCUUCAUAAAGCUCAAGGAACAUCUAGAACCUUGAGAUAAUGGUUGCUACUUAAGGCACAGAGAUGACAUUGUUGAUCUCCUUGCUCAUGGAAGGAGGCAGACAAAUUUCGCUUGACCUUCUCUUCUUAGAUGUGUUGGACUUCAGCUCCUACAUCUGUAUGGAUGGCGUAGAAGAAACGAAGGUGUUGUUAAAUAUUGACUCUGAAGAUCUUGAGAAGAAAGGACGCAGGCAAGGAUUUUCUGAGCCUAUCUGGUCAAAUAUGGGUUUGGAGGAGUCAGAAGCAGAUGGGAGGUUGAAAUGAAAGAUGCCUUCACUCAAGGCGAGAAGUUUGGAAGGGAGCACUCCAGUUUUUCAUGGUCCUCUGAAUGGGAGUGGAGAAAUAUGGAAACCUUGCUCCAUGGAAGUCCCAAAGGUGCUCUUUCAGGAGGCAAACUGGACUUUCCUUGUUUUUCCUUUGAAAACCAUUUGCUCCUCAUCCAAGAAGCUUCUUCAACUCUGACUGGAUGGUGGGGAACGGAAGGAUUUAUAUUCCCUUUGCUCCGUGGAACUGAAAGGCGAACGGCAAGACGUGGACGGUAAAACUGUCCUUGGUGUCAGGAAGUGGAUCCUUGAGUGUGUGAUCUUGUAGCGCCUUCUUCCAAGGUCAGCUUCUCAUGCAUUCACGCUCCGUCGUUCUUGCCUAUCCUUCGGUAGAACUGUCCAUUUCUCAACUUCUGUAGCUUGAAGCUCAGGCGGCCUCCUCUGGGAGUGAGAACGCUAGAGAUGAAGCCCUUCCCUCACUAAUAGUCCCUUGAAAACAGUAGGACCGUAGGACCCUGUUCCUUGACCCCCCAUUAAGGCUUAAAUCCAGCAUCUUUACAUAUUAUGGAAUCCUCAUGCAGCCUAGACACCAUAACUUAGUCUACAAUUUCUUGAUUUCUACUCUACGCCUACUAUUCCUGAGGAGAUUGCUCUUUCCUGAGGAACUUCUUCUUAAAACCAACAUUAUCUUCCUUGCAAGCUCUUUGGAGGAAGAUGCCGAGCCUCUUAAGGAUAUUUUUUAACAUGAAGCGUUGGUUCUUUUAACUUUUUUUGCACUUUAUUAUCUAAUCCUAAGAGCUCUUUUGCAAUAGGACCUUUGUGAAUUCUUCCAGAGGAGCAGAACAUGGGACAUUGUUGUCUGAGUAAUCUUUCGUUUCCAAGGCAAAGACACCCCACCCAAGUGAGAAUGGGCCAUUUUUCAAAAGAUUGAGCCUUCCUGUUGUCAAGACGCACAACAUAAGUGUUUCACAGUAGAAAAGGGUUCCUUGGGCCGACGUUUGCAAAGCUUUGGCAAAGCUUGAUUGUGGAUGCUUGAUUGUGGGUGUGUACGUUCGUAUGAGCAGGGCUGGCCCCUGGGACAACUACCACAAGGCACAAACCGUUGAGGAAAAGGCUGUGGCGUCAGCAGAUGUGCAAUAACAAUGUAUACCGGUGGACAAAAGACACACAUUGAUUGUGGUUGAUUGUCUCAUCUAAUCCUUCCUGGCCAAACUCUUAAAAGUGGUUUUUAAGCUUGGAAAGAGUGAGGCUCUUAACAUCCUUUGGAACUUUGCUACAGGUAGUCCUCAACUUACGGCCACAAUUGGGACAGGGACCUCCAUCGCUGAGCGAUGCAGUCACUGAGUGGCAUCCAAACUGACAUUUAUUUUGUCACAAGUCAGCCGGUCCUUAAAUGAAUUGCAAGGUCGUUAAGCGAGACUGGCUUGCUCCAUUGACCUUGUUGUCAGUAUCCGGUGGGGGGAGGUUGCAUGUUGCCGAUCACAUGAUCCCGGAAUCCUACGACCAUCAUGCCUGUUGCCAAGUGCACAAAUUUUGAUCACCUGACUUGGUCAUAAGUGUGAGGACCGAUUAUGACUUUUGUUUAGCACUGUCAUAUUAUCAAAUGGUAAUGAGUGGUCAUAAGUUGAGGAAUAUCUAUAGUAUAUUUUGGAAGGAAGGAAGUAAGAAAGGAGCUCAAAACUAAUUUUAUGAAUGCCUGCCGCUUGACCACCUAAUAAUAUUUUUAUGGCAUUUGGUAUAUACUGCCCAAUUAUCCAGAAAAGGAAAAAAAAAAUAGCGUUCACCAAUAACUCUUAGUAUUGGAAACAGAAAAUACUUUAUAACAAAGCACUUUAUUCUGUAUAGAUCUAUGGAAGGGAAAUUCUGCAACCCUUUUUUUAAUGUAUCUUAAGAAUUCCUGUUUUAAAAAACUUUGCAGUGUUCCUUUUAAGCAUCUUCUAUAAAAUCUCCAUACACUGUAUGUGUAUGUAUAUAUGUAUGUGUGUGUGUAUAUGUAUGUAUGUAUGUAUAUAUAAUAUAUACAUACACA